GAGGAUUUUUGGUGCAAUCUGAUACUGCUGGACCCCCUUUCAGUUAACUGCUGGCUUUCAACAUCCUGCGCGUUGCUAUGGUCGCAACCAUAGAAGACUCACAGUCAAGCAGCGCCUGAAGCUCCAAAUGGCGCGGGCGCAGUCUGGGCUGCACCAGCUGCUGCUAGCUCGUGAGAUUGGCGUUGUUGGGUCACAGGAGGGCGUCCCCUAUCAACGCAGCCUCCACUUCCCGCCGCAUUACGCUGGGAAGCUCAGUGUCGCGCACACCUAUAACGGCCACAGCGGCUGUGUAAACCGGCUGGCCUGGAACGCAGAUGGCUCCUUGCUGGUUUCAGGCUCCGAUGACCGAAGGGCCAUCAUCUGGCACCACCCCGAGGUGGAGCGCACGCCUCUGGCGCUGUCCACCGAGCACCGCGCCAACAUCUUUGGCGUGCAGUUCCUGCCGUGCACCGGCGACCGCCGCGUGAUCACCGGCGCCAUGGACGACACCGUGCAGCUGCACGACCUAGAGGCCUCGCCCGCCACAAAUAUUCCGCGACCGGGCUCUGCGGGCGGCAGCCGGGCCCAGCCGCCCAUGCACCGGCGUGUGGCCUCGACCGCCCACCUGCAGUCCGUUAUGCCACGGACCAAGGUGUACUAUUCCCACAAGGACCGAGUCAAGGAUGUGCGGGUGGAGCCCAUGAACCCGCACAACUUCUGGAGCGGCGGCGAGGACGGCGUGGUGCGGCAGUACGACACGCGGCAGCCCAACCAGGACAAGUGGGAAAGCCCCACAGUGCUGGUGCAGGUGCGGGACGGGCACAAGACGAUACAGGUCAAGAGCCUCGACAUAAACAAGGCGCACCCGCACCUCCUCGCGGUGGCUGGCUCCGACCCCCAGAUCCGCCUGUACGACCGGCGGAAGCUGUCCACAGGCGGGUGGCAGCGCCGCGGCGCCACGCCCGCCGUCAUGGCGCUGGCGCCGCCGCACCUGCCGCUGGCGGCGGCGCCGCCGCGGCACGGCCGCUCGCACGCCACCUAUGUGGCCUUUUCAAACCGGGGCGACAAGCUGGUCACGACGUACCACGGCGACCACGCAUACUGCUUUGACAUCACGGCCAGCGGCGACGUCUCCGCGCUCUUCCCCGACCCUGCCGCCGCGCUGGGCGUGGGGAUAGGCGCCGCGGCGCCGCCGGCUGCGGGCGGCGUUAGUAGGCUGCUGCUGGUGCCUCAACGCCAGCAGUCGGUGACGCCGUCUGGGCGUCACAGCGGUGAAGCGGGCGGCAACGGCGACCGGCGAGACAGUGGCGGCGGCAGCAGCGGCGGCAGCGGCAGCGCAUCUCCCCUAUGCCCUCGGGCGGAAGAGGCCAAAGCUCGCGGUAACGCCGCCAUGUUUGAGCGCAAGUGGACGGCGGCGGUGGUUGCAUUCACGGACGCACUGCACUGGGCGCCUGGAGCGCCGGCACUGUACGCGCAGCGCGCAGAGGCGCUGUUGGGACGCGGCUGGGUGGGCGACGCGGCCAUGGCGCUGCGCGACUGCGACACCGCAGUGGGCCUGGAUGAAUCCUUCUCGCGCGCCUACCUGCGCCGCAUACACGCGCUGCAGGCGCUGCAGCAAUACCAGUGCGCGUUGACGGCAGUGGAUGAGUACCAGCGCCGGUUCCCCGGCCGCGCCGCGGACGACGUCGCAGCGCUUGCCGUGACACUCCGCGCGGCGGUGGAGGAGCGCCGGCGGCUGUACGAGGCGCGGCGGCAGCAGCAGGAGCGCCGGCGCGCGCAGCGGGCGGCGGCCUUGGCUCGUGUGCAGGGGCGCGUGGACUCUCCAGCAGUUAGGCCGCAGAUGCCCGGGGCCGCCACCACUUCAACUACUGCGGCAGGAGCAGGAGCAGCAGGGGCGGCGCGGGGUGCAGCGCCUGCAGCAGCGGCCGGGGCAGCGGCCGCAGCGGCACCCGCCGCCGCCGCCACGACAUCGGCGGCGGCUGGCAGCGGCGCAGCGGCAGCAGCCGCUGGCAGCAGUACGGACUACGAGAUGGAUGACAGUGAGGUGUACGGGCCGCCGCCGCCGCCGCCGUACGAGUUUGUGGAAGAGGAGGCGGACCAAGAGGCAAGCGCGGGCGCUGCGCAGGCGCCCGCAGGGGCGGACGAGGCCGUGUCAACUGCGUCCGGAGCGGGUCAUAGAGACGAGCUCAGAGCCGGGACGCGGCAGGUCGGCACGGGCGAAGGCACGGCCGUGGGCGCUGAGCAAGCGACACCCACGCAACGGCCGCCAGCCGCAGCCACGAGCGUUGGUGAGCAAGCGGCCGCGGGGCCGUCAACUUCUGCUGUUGGGGUUUCUGUUGGCGCCAGUAGCCCUCGGGAGCUGACUCAGCAGCAGUCCUCCGCCCGGACACCGGCUGCGGAGGCCGGGCCUGCUGGGAACGCCGAGGAACGGGGGGCGGCAGCGGCGGGGCCAUCUGGGUCCGAUGCUGCCGCUGCUGGGCCAGACGGCCACACGCGGGCAGCAGCCGGCGCUGCAGGGCCCAGCGCGGAUGCGGAAGGCAGUGCCUCUGCGGCGGAGACGCCUGCGGCGGAGGCGGAGGCAGAGGCGGCCGCGCGCGCCGCGGCAGGGCGCGGCCGGCCGCCGGAGACGGCGUCUGACGCUUUAGGGCCGGCGCGAAGAUUCCUCCGCAGCAAUGAGGAGGAUGACGAUGAAGAUGAUGACGAGGAGGCGCCAGAGGAGGAGGACGAGGAAGAGGAGGAAGAGGAGGACACGACGGACGUCGAUUCGCUGCCUGGAGAGGAGGACCCUGACAUGGAGCUAUUCCUGCAGUACUACUCGCGAGUUAUGGACAUGGCUGGAGCCAGCGGCAGCGCAGGCGCCAGCAAGGCGGCGGCGCGGCACGGCCACCACUCUGGCACGUCGACGUCGGCGGCUGCCCCGGCGGCUUCUGGCUGCGACGGCAGGCGGGGUGGCUACCGCAUCCGUGGCGCCUGGGACGGCACGCCCGGCGGCCGGCGCAUGCUGCAGCGAUUCGUUGGGCAGAGCAACGUGCAGACAGACAUCAAAGAGGUGGGCUUCAUCGGCUCGGACGACGCGGUGGUGGCUGCGGGCAGCGACUGCGGCCGCGUGUACCUGUACGACGCCGCCAGUGGGGCGGUGCUGCGCGCGCUGCCGGCGGAUGAGGACGUGGCCAACUGUGUGCAGUGCCACCCCUCGUUGCCGGUGAUCGCCACCAGCGGUAUUGAGACGGUGGUGCGGCUGUGGUCGCCCAGCGACGCGCUGCCCUCUCCGGCCGCGGUGCGCGAGCUGACCGAUGAGCUGGACGGGGUGGUGGGGCGCAACCAGGAGCGCAUGAAGGAGGGGCCGUCCAUGCUGAGGACCUCGGCGCUGCAGCAGGCGCUGCAGGAGAACCCUCAGCUCUGGCAGCUGCUCAUGAGUCAACUCUAUGGCAGGGGCGUCAUGGGUGCGCGCGGCAGGCCGGGCAGCGGCGGCGGCGGCGGCGCCGCGGCGCCGGGCGCGGCAGAGGAGCCGGGAGGAGAGGACGAUGACGAGGAGGAUGCGCACCCCGAAGUGUCAUGUCGCAUGGCCUAGUGCCCUAGCUAGCUAGGCAACGUUCCCGAGUGAUCCUUACAAUGCGCCACGCAUAAGACGCGUGGCUUCUUUCGAUUGCUGUUGAGUUAGUAGGGCCAGGUCCCCACGCGUGUUUAACAUUCCACCACUGGAGGCUGUUGAUGACUCAAAAAUGUCCGGCCCGGAUGCAAAGUUUGAGCGGCCGAUCUUCAGUUCCUGGGGGCGGCUGGGUGCAAGGCAUCGAUGCAAGCAAGGAAGAACUACGUGCAUCGACUUGCCCCAGCUCGGUUAUGCAGGGCAUUCCACCAACGCAGUACAAUAUGGUGGUUAGUAAUGGUGUGUGUUCCUUGGUUAGCAGUGGUGUGCUGCGCAUUCCUUGGUCAUGUGCAUUAUGGUUCCUUGACUUGUCGACAUAGAGCGAAGGUGCGGGUGACGGCUCUGGAUGCCCCGGACAGUGCCUGCCGUUUGGCGCUCCGGGGCACACAGCAGCUCGCAGCCCCAACACGUGCGCCGCGUGUGGCGGUAGGGCUGUGUGACGUGCCGCCUGCAUUUUACCUUGCUGGUGACAUGCCGGGGCACUGAGCACUUUGUACGAGAUGUGUUUGCGGGUGGGGGAUGGUCGCGGUUAACCCGUGCGAAAGUGAGCGUCUUCCAACAGACUUGUUGGGGCGCGCCUCGGAUUCAUUGCAUACGAAAGGGCAAGGUUGUGGCAAGCGAAGAAAGAAUGCACGUCGCGGCAUUGGUUGACCACACGCGUCCCCCAGUGACUGUUCACAGAGACACACACUGUUCUCAGUGUUAGGGAUCGCGGUGUCUAGGCCUGGGUGUGUGCUGCACCCUGGAAACGGUGUGCGGCGGUUUGGGGGCAGGGCUUUGUGCGCUUGGCAGCCGCGCUAUGUCAGGCGGCCGUGGCCGCUGGCUGAGUGGGUGUGUUAACAGGUGGCUGAAAUGAGGGCUAUGGAGUGAGGCAACAAACAGUCUGUCCUAUGCCACCCCCUUUGAGCAGUGUACUGGAGCGAGUGUACAAGAGAAGAGGCGAACGAGAGCGAAAUGGAAGGGCGGUAGGUGGCAUAGGCAAGCGUUGUAUGUGGCGGCUAGGCAACUUGGAAGACCCAGGCGCACAGCUUCGGGGAAUGAAAAGGACUUGUGAUUUUGCUGACCCUGCGAGAGGCGGCUGAGUGCCAAGGUUGUGGGGGUUGGGUGCGUGUGCCAUGCUCGAGUGAGGGUAGCGAGGGGUGGCCUACGUUGUGUGCGGGGUGUGGCGUGUGCGUUGUGACAGGCAGAUUGCUUGCGCGUUCGCACAGCCACGCCCUGCACGCAAGUUGGGGCGAGGCAAUGGGAUGGCUGAUCUGUCGUCUGCUGGAGUUGACGUUGACGUUGAUGGAGUGUACACAAUUGCAAUGAGGGGCGGCCCCGGAGUCAGGUCGAAUGGCUCGAGAUGUCAAGAGUGUGGGGAGCGCUCGUGUAUGUGUAUGGACGGGAUUGCGCUGGAGUGGCUUUGAAGAGUUGCGCAGUCGUCUGGGAGUGGCGGUACUGUGGCGGUAACUAUGACGCCAGGAGUGCGCGACGCCAACGGUGGUAGUGGUUUGGGAGGGCCUCGAAGAGUCUGCAUUCAGCAGCGAGGCGGCCAGUCCGAGGACAACGGCCGUCCGUGUUGUGUUGUUGGUGGCCUGGACAGGGCAUUCCUCAUUACCUGCUAGCUGCGCUGGCCGUCGCGAUACAGCAGCUUCGCUCUGUAGCCCUCGCAGAGCCACCUUGGUUGCCACUGCUACCUACGGGCGUGCAGUCGUGUAGACAGGAGCGGUGUGGCCUGGGCUUGUAUAGCGAAGGCUUUCAUGCUUGUAAGCGGGUACAGCGGCGCUGUCAGACCUGCGGUUUUUCCAGCGCUAGCCCUUUUACACCGUACGUUCCAGUUAUCGCCUCUACUAGGCGUAGACCAAGAACAUUGUUGCUUCACCUGGGAACACGGCGAGUGCAAGAGAGCCUCUCAGCCUCGGAUAGUCGGAUGCCCUAGCCUUGGAUGCCCCCGAUCGGCUGGGCAGUGACAGGGUGGGCUGUAACACGGCGGACAC